AUGCGCUCUGCGCUCGCCAGCGACUCGGGUGCAAUCAACCCCACCAGACCAUCGGUGGGGAAAAAGAGGGGGCGAAGAAAAACCCCAUUGCCAACUUCCAAUGACGGCAGCGCGUCAUCUUCCGGUACUGAGGUGCCGGAAAAGACGAUGGCCAUCGAGGAGGUGACUCCGGUGGUUUCGGGGUCUGCUGCUGCGUCGGAAGACGCGAUGCCUGCUCCCCAGUGGGCACCAGUAAGGAGGAGGGGCGCGGUGUCAGCGGCGACGUCGGUGGAGUCGAUGUCGACGUCGGCUGCGUCCCUGGCUAGUGGGGACGAGACGUUCCGGGACCUCGACCUUGCGCUUGUUAAUUUGGGUAAGCUGCUGUCGACUGUGGCUGCUAAGGGCGCCGAGCCAGGCAGCAGUUAUUGGAAAAGGCUCCGGGAGGCAGCCGCUAUGGUUAAAACGAGGCUGAUCCCCACCAUGUCCAAGCUCCAUGACUUGGUAGCGAGCCGAGAGGUGGAGAGCAAAGGUCACGUCUCUCAGUUUGACUCCAGAGAGAGUCGCAUCCCGGGAGACACCCUGGCCUUGCGGGGAGCGACUCCCCUGUUGCCGAGGCCCGCGCUGGCACGCGCUGGGCCCCCCGCGGGGGCGAUGGAUACUACUGUGCACUUGCGGUCCGCGAUGAGUGUGGUGGCACCCAUGCCAGAGCCCACCUCCGAGGCCCCUGUUCCGCUGGCGCCUACUCCUGCGAUCCCUCGCCCUCCACGAAGGGUUGAGCUAAGGCCUGCGCCACCUCCGCGGAUAUCGGCCGCCCCUGCAUCUGCACGUAGAGGAAAGAUAAACCCUACGCCAGCGCGGGCUGAGGACAUCCGUUCGCCACUGGCGAGGAUGGUGGAUGAGAGGCCAGCGCUACCGCGGCCCAGGCCUGCAGAGCCGCCUCUUUCGCCCUCGCGUGCUGCGGGGUCACAGAGGCCAUACAACAUGGCUGCUGGGACGGAAGAAGUAGACAACUCCCUCCCAAGCAGAGAGGAAUGGUGGCCUGCAUUUCGCGGGCGGUGGCGGUUGAGGUUAGCAAGCACUUUGCCAGCCUCGAGAAGAUACUCCGCUCCUCCAUUGGCUCCGGGGACUGUGUCCCGGCGCCAACAAACGCCGCCGUCCCGCGGGGCCAGGCCGCCCGGCCGACCUCCACCCCCACCUCAUCCACAAGGUUGGCACGACGUGGAGGCCGCAAUCAAAAUAACAGGGGUACGGGUGCCCAGAAUCCUGCCCUGA